AUGGCAGAAUCCGCAGUGUCCUUUUUGGUGGAGAAGCUUGCUAUGUUGGUUGAGAAAGAGGUGAAACUUUUGAAAGGGGUACGUGGAGAAUUUCAACUAAUCAGAAAUGAGUUUGAGCGCAUGAAGGCCUUCUUAGCAAGUGCUGAGUCGUCGCAAGAAGAGGACCCUGAGUUGAAGGUCUGGGUGAAACAAGUCAUAGAAGUUGCAUACGACACGGAGGAUAUUUUGGGUGGAUUCAUGCUCAAGUUGGCAAGAGAUCACGGGCAUGGUUUCACGGGGUACCUUCGCAAGAUCAAGUCAUCCAUACAGAACUUGAAAGCACGCCAUCAUAUCUCCUCCGAGAUAGCUGAUAUCAAGUCAAGAGUCAGCAGCAUUGGCGAAGGGGAGGACGCUUUUCUAGUUGAGGAAGGUGAACUAGUGGGGAUUGAUGAGCCGAGAGAAGAGAUUAUCAAGUGGCUUGUUGAUGGAGAACCAGGACUUGAAGUUGUAUCAAUCUUAGGGAUGGGGGGUUUAGGGAAGACCACUCUGGCGGGAAGAGUCUACGACAAUCAACAAUCUUAUAAGAUUGAGGAUAUUUUGAGGGACAUGAUUGUACAACUUCAUAGAGAAUUCCAGCAACCGAUCCCUCAAGGAAUCGAAAUCAUGAGAAGCAUGAGUCUCAAGCAGAUAGUUAAAGCCUUUCUGCAGCAAAAGAGGUACAUCAUUAUUCUAGAUGAUGUAUGGGACAAGGAAGGAAUAGAUGGUAUAAAAAAUGCAAUGCCCAAUAGCAAUUUCUGUAGCCGAAUAUUAAUCACUACCUGUAUAGCUCACAUUGCUACGGUCUCAUCCAACGAACCAAAAAUUUAUACCUGUAAGCCAUUGUCUUCGAAGGAUUCAUGGUCCUUAUUCUACAAGAAAGCCUUCCGAGGGAAAACCUGUCCUCCUUACCUAGAACAAGAAAGCCUUUGUCGACAGAUUUUGAAAAAAUGUGAGGGUUUGCCACUUGCCAUAGUGGCUCUUGGUGGUCUUCUCUUUGCAAAAGAUGUUCAGGAAUGGGAGAUGAUUUCUCGCAGCCUUGCUGCAAAACUAGAAAGCAAUGACAUGAUGCAAAAUUUCAAGAAAAUUCUUAGCUUGAGCUACAAUGAUUUGCAUUAUAACUUGAAAAGCUGUUUUAUGUACUUGGGAGUAUUUCCAGAAGAUUGUGUGAUUAAGUGUGCAAGACUCAUCCGUCUGUGGAUCGCAGAAGGGUUUGUUAAGGAAAGAGAAGGGAUGACACGGGAAAGGGUUGCUCAAAGAUACUUGAAGGAGCUUGUUAAUAGAAGUUUGAAUUUGCCCAAUCUGAUGGAGCUUGAUCUUGCUAAUGCCUUUGAUGGGGAAAAUUUGGUUUUUGGAGAUAGAGGGUUCCCAAAGCUCAAGAAGAUGGUCCUCACCAAUCUGGAAAAUCUCAGAUUUGUGUCAAUGAAUGGUCAAGCAGUGCCUUGCCUUCAGAGUCUCUCCAUUUGCAAAUGCAGGCACUUAGAUUGGCAAUCGUUAUUGAUAGUCAUCCGCGGCCUCACCCUGCUCACGUAUAUUCGCUUUGAUGAGAUGUCAGAAGAAUUUGCACUUGCAUUCUAUCCGUACAACAGUAGCAAAAUGAUGAGGGAGGGUAUUCUACAACAGUGCUAUGAGGAUGUGAUGGAAUGUAAUCCUGAAGUUCACUUUGUCUGGUGGGAAGAGGAUCACUGGGAGUGGUAUGAUCUUAACUCCUAUUGCUAUAAUCUCAUCAAGGGUAGGGUGAUGAGCCGCGAUGAGAUUCUUUCUGAAGUAUCAUAG